UCCGAAGAACAUUGCUCGCACAUUUUUUUGUAUAAAGAAACAUUCGUGGAAAAAACGCUUCGUGAGUACUUUUUGUGUUUUUUCGUUUUUCGAUAAAUUUUUGUUUUGGUUUUGAUGUUGCACCGUGAUAUUAGUUAUCGUAUGUCGUGUCUUGUGUCGGACAAUGUUUGUCGUUAACUUCUUUUUCUAACUGAUUAUUUUUCGUGUUAAGAUGGUUCUUAUAUCAGAGCAUAGCAGUCUAACAGGGAAAGAUGGAACUCUUUUGGCAGCUAUUGCCGGGCUAGGCGCCGUACUUCUAGUCGUUUUGCUCUAUAUCAAAAAUAAGGGAUGGUGGUGGGGUCCGGUAAGGGCAGUUACCCUAACGUGUUGUGAUGAAGCAUGUCCUCCAGUACCUGCUACUAAGACGGCUCCGAAUACUCUAAUUCCACCAGUUACUAAUAUGACUAAUCAUGAAAAUGUCUUGAGGAAUCACAAACUCGUAAAAACGUUUUCAUUUGAUGGCGGUGAGUCAAGUUCCGAGUCCGAAAUGGGGUGUUCGCGAAGCCGUCAAAACUCGGACGUACCAUUGGCGUCGACCAGUCAUUUCUUCCCACCCCGCCACGACCUUAUCUCCCUAGUGGAGAAAGGGAAAGUUGGCAUGAGUAGCAACAGUUCUUGUUGCAGUUCCACCACUAGUUCGGUCGGGGAGAAGCAUGGUUUGAUGCCUUCUACCAAGGUUACUGCCGAAGUAAACGAUGCGUUGAGAAGGACGCCUGAUUUAAGAGAGACAAAAAUCGACAAUCAGAUCUAUCCCAAACUGGAAAACACUGGACUCAUUGAUUCUCAAGAUAUUAACAAAAAUAGAGACUGUAUCGUGGUGAUGAAUCCAGAAGAAGAUCGCUCGGUAGAUCUCACCCAUCAAGUGGACGAAACUAUCACCAUCUCGUGCGAUACAGAAGAUGCCAAUAGGCAUGUGGUUGAGCGAGACGGAGAACCUGAUAAUGCCAGACUCAUUAAUCGGUGUGGACAUCUUGAGGUGGCCCUUGCUUAUGAUGCUCCCAUGAGGAAAAUGACAGUUCAUGUAUUACAAGCGAGGGAUAUCCCUAAUAGAGAUAGAGGACAGCCAACAAAUACUCAGGUCAGGCUGAUUCUGCUACCGAGCAAGAAACAGAAGCAUAAGACUAAAAUACGCUCAGGUGAUAAUCCACAAUUUAUGGAAAGCUUCCUUUUACAUAGAGUUAACCCAGAAGAUGUAAAUUCGAUGGGCAUCAGACUGCGAUUAUAUGGCUGUGAACGAAUGAGACGCGAAAGACUUAUCGGCGAGGCAGUAAUCAGUUUCGCUAAUAUCAACUUGGAACUCGAAAAUAACUUUUGGCUGUCCAUGGAAUCCCGGUCCAAUACAACGUUGAGUGGCUGUACUGGAGAGCUGUUGAGCAGAUCUGACAGUACCGGAUCCACACACUCAAUGCAGCACGGUGGAGUACCGGAGCUUCUUUUAGGGUUGUGCUAUAACUCCAUUACCGGAAGGUUGAAUGUGGAAGUUGUUAAAGGAUCACACUUUCGGAAUUUAGCAUUAAAUAGAGCUCCUGACACGUACGUGAAAUUAAAUCUAGUAAGUAGUACUGGACAGGAGAUAGCUCAUAGUAAAACCACCAUCAGGAGAGGACAACCUAAUCCGUUGUUUAAGGAAACGUUCGUUUUUCAAGUGGCGUUGUUUCAAUUGGCAGACGUAACUUUGAUGGUCUCAGUCUACAACCGUAAAGGCAUCUCAAAGAAGAAGGAAAUGGUCGGCUGGUUCAGUUUGGGUCUGAACUCGAGCGGUGCAGAAGAACUCGCCCACUGGAUGGACAUGAAAGAGUUCCAACAGGAGCAAAUCUGUCGCUGGCACAUUCUGGUACAGUCAUAGCGACACGAAAAUCUCAUGCUCGUAUUGGAAUGAUGGAUUUGAAGAGCGGCGUAAUGCUACUGCGGAUGUAAACGGGUACCUAAGUUUUGUGUAUACGUAAAUUUAUGGAUAGAGGACUGUCCUUUUUCAAACUUUUUCCAUGUAUUCUUUUAAGAUGGGGUUUUUGGAAUCGAAUUUAUGAGGAACGGAAUUGGUUUUACUAUUAUAUACUCGUAUUCAAGCUUUUUGAACUUUUGAACAUCCGUUAUUAUUAAUGUCACAUACAACAUAUUGAUGACAUUUUUUAAAUACUCAAAAUAGGUCCUUAAAUUUCUUAUAUCAGAUUAAUUGGUGGACUCAUUAAUACAAUGAGUGCGUAAAAAGUUUCCUCCUUACAGUUUUCUUAUUUUUUGGUAUGAGCGCAGUAAUGUCCUCAUAUAGUACUCAAAGUUUCACACCUUAUAUAAUGAGCCCCAAAUUUGUAUAAGUAAAUUCACAAAAAAAUUACAAUUAUUCAAAAAAGUAAAAAAGUUCUAGUUUGGCUUUUAGGUAAUUUUUACGUGCUCAAUGUAUUAGUUUAUUAGAACUUAUUACAAUAUACUAACAAUCUAACCUGAUAUACUAUAAUGGUGAACUAUAAACUAAUCUUAUGUAACCCCCCUAAAUAUAUUAUAUUCUGUGUUACUGUGAACUAAAUAUUUCUAAGAAAAUAAUCGCACAAUUUUUGUAUUUGUCC